UUUGCUAGUAUAUCCAAGAACACUCACAAGAUGGCUUUGUCUAAUCCGCUUCUUAUAGUUUUGUUGAGUCUAUCCACCAGCACGGGCGUCAAGGCUUCUUGUGCUCCUCCAGACUGCAAUGCCAACGUGCCCGCCGGCGAUCCGCCGUAUUUCCACCUCGCCGACCCGCGGAACUGCCACAAGUACUACAUCUGCUACAAUGAAGAGAGCGACGGCGACGAUACUUACUUCAUCACCGGCGAUUCCUUCUGGUGCGAGGACCCCGACGACGUCUUCAGCGAGAAGGAUGAUCGCUGCGGCGACUACACGUGCGUCGAGUCGUGUUCUGGCACAUGCGCGCCCUACGAAUGCAUUGACCUGCAGGACAAAAGAGCCGACCCUUACGACUGCACGAAGUAUCACACCUGCCCGGACGGCAAGACGGUGCAGUGCGAGGGCGACAAACCCUUCUUCGACGGGGACCAGUGCCAGGCGGACGAGUCCAAGUGCUGCCACUGCAAGCCCUACUGCCACCAAGAUCAAAGGUUCAAGAACGUCACAGAUCCUUUGGACUGCAAGAGCUACUACUUCUGCGUGAACGAGCACGAGUUCCCCACCUCCCGAACCACGUGUACCAUCGGCAACUUUGACAUGAAUGCCGGCAAGUGCGAUGAAAGUGCCCCUUGCAUCGUCACUUGCAAGAACGUCGUGGGCUGUGACGGUUGCAUCGACCUAUUUACGUGCGAGCAAUACGGGAACUGGCCCAAGUGUCCUCACCGAUGCGACCCCCAUUUCUACCACUGCGGGGAGGAAGACAUAGGUCACGUGGUGCAGGAAAGCGCGUGCGCAAGUCCUCUCGUGUACAACCCCGCCACUGAGAAGUGUGUCGCUGAGGAGGAAUGCCCCUACGACCCGCCCUCGCAGUGCUAGUGCGGCGAGCUCUCACUUUCCAAAUCAAAACGUAAUUCCGGUAACAAGAAAAGUUCUGACUGACUUAUUGCUUUUUAACCUCAUGUGAAAUAACAGAGAGAAAGAGGGAGAGAGAGAGAGAGAACACUUUCUAAGAGAAACAAAAAAUAUGAAAUCCCAGCAUUUGAAUAACAAUAUAAAGCUAUGGUAGUAAUAAUAAAAUUGCUAGAUAAUCGUAAAUUACAUUCAUCUGAAAUCAUGUUAUUUUAGAAAACCAACAUUGGUUGUACUGGUAGCAUAAAAGUCAUCAAUAACUAUGUAUGUAUGAGUGUGUUUGUGUGCAUAAAUACAUAAAUCUAA